UUUAAAAAAACCAUUUGUAUAAAAUAAAUCGGUUUUUUUAAACCAUACAGUAACACGUGUCAACGAUCCAGAAACAAUUUCACCUGCAGUCAACUGCAGGUAGCAAGUGCAUUACAAAGGAAGCAAAAGACUUGGAAGUUGGUAUGUCAACCCAACAAAUCCUCCACAUGAAUAGUGGUGAAGGAGAUAAAAGCUAUGCACAUAACUCUUUCUUUCAAAAAAAAGCAAUUAUCAAGGCAAAACCAAUAUUAGAAGAAAGUAUGACAAGACUCUAUUAUAAUAUUCUUCCCAAGUGUUUGAAGGUUGCUGAUUUAGGGUGUUCUUCAGGACCAAAUACUCUUCAAGUGAUAUAUAAUAUCAUCAACAUUGUUGACACUACUAGCUCCAACUUGAAUCUUAGCUUACCUGAUUUCCAAUUUUAUUUGAAUGAUUUAUUUGAAAAUGAUUUCAAUACUAUUCUCAAAGCACUCCCUCAAUUCUACAAAACAUUGGAAGAGAAGAAGGGAAACAAGAUUGGUCCAUGUUUCAUUAAUGCAACUCGUUCUACAAGAGGCUCUUUCCUACUUCUUCCAUGCACUUCUUUCAUUGUUCUUAUAGUCUACAUUGGCUUUCUCAGGCUCCAGAGGAGUUUAUUGAUGCCGAUGGAGGUGAAGCAGUGGAAAAAGACGGCAUAUAUUUAACAAGUACAAGUCCUAGAGCAAUGCAGAAAGCGUAUCUUAGCCAAUUCCAAAGAAACUUGAAAGCGUUUCUGAAGUCACGUUCAGAAGAAUUGGUACCAGGUGGUGAGAUGGUUUUAACAUUUAUUGGAAGGCAAAAUAAUACUUCUG